AUGGAUGACUGUGUGGUCAUAGCGAUUCAUUGUGGCCAUUGUUUAGCCUUCUGUAGGCCAGGUGCUGAGUCGUGGAUUGCCGUUGGAAAUUACCCUUACUGGUUUGAAGACAUUAUUUUCUACAAUGGAAAAUUGUAUGCCAUUACUUCUCAAUUUGAUCUUAUGCUUGUGGAGUUGGGUUCUCAUCCCAAAGUAACAAGUUGUAGCAUUACUCCUCCAAAAGUGGAACUUAGUUUUACAUCCUUUUAUUUGGUGGAAUGUCUUCGAGAGUUGUUGAUGGCUAUAAAAUGUUGUACGUUCAAGAUAUUCAAGUUAGAUCCAAAGGGUCCGUGCUGGAUUAAGAUUGAGGACUUGGAUGACCAAAUGCUCUUUAUCGGCACGAGAAUUGGUUUUUCUCUCUCCGCACUUGACUACCCUGGAUUUAAAGGAAAUUACAUAUAUUUCACAGAUGACUCUAACAAUGGACUGGCAAGCGUGUUUCACUUGGAAGAUAGUAGUAGCAUUGAAACUUUUUCUUCAAAUUGUUCGCAUUCUUCUCCAUCUUUGCCCAUCUAG